AUGGGCCUUGCAGAAGCUUUACCGCACUUUCCAGAUCUUGUCUCGCUGGAUCUAUCAAAGACUGCAGCCGCGAGAGACAAGGCGGUUCUUUCGACCUUCAAGUACCUCCGAAAUCUGCGCGUGCUGAAUCUUCGUGGAAUCGGCAUCAGGGAUGAGGAGUUCUCAGUAGUUGCGCAUGCAAUUAGCAGCCGCGUCAGAAGCCUUGAUAUCAGCAACAACCUUUUGACGGACACUAGCGUGCGACUCCUUCUUGAACUGUGCUUGAAAGAGAGGGUUGUUGUGACGCAUUCUUCUCGUGGACCACUGGCGCCUGUCGAGAACGCGAACCCAACCGAUGGACCAGAGACCUUUGAGUCUGAAAACCUCGUUGGCCAUCUUCGCAAGAAGCUUACGGGCGGUUUCAUCGGCAGCCUAAGUAUUGAGGAGUCGAGCGAUGUCGGAGUCUCGCACUUGUAUCUCUCCAGUAACGCAAUAACUGUUGAAGGUAUAUCGGCUUUGCUGCGAUCACGACGCUUGCAAGUCCUAGAUGUGGGUAUACUACCCGCUGUAGUGACGCAUCCUUCUAACCCCACGCUCGAAACACCGAAUGAUGACUUGGAACUACCUAGCGUAUCAAAGCUUACUCCAGUACUUGCAGAGUAUGCUUCAUCUAGACUGCGAUACUUGCGGAUCAACUACGAGUUGGUGACAGAAGACGCCCCUUUUGAAACGCCCAAUUCGCCGCGCGCGGAACUCACUGGGGAUCUUGCUAUCUACAAACCUUCAAAUGCGCAUGAGCUCGAAGCUGUAGAGCCACCGACACCCGAACUCGACUCAAUCCCAAUAGCUGUACACGAGGUUACAGGGGACUCAUCAUAUCCGGUUGAGCUUCCCGGCUCACCUGUAACGCCUCAACUCGCUGAAAACGACAGGCCGGAAUCAGAAUUUGCCGAUGGUGAAAGGCGAGACGCCAAAAGCGUUCCUAAAAUAUGCAUUACUCCGCAAUCACUACAAAUUAACCGAGAUCCUGCCUGCGCUCCGGAAGUCAUACCUGUGGACUCGCCAUUGAGCCCUCUUAGCCCACUGGGAAACGGAAUCUACCAGCCUCACGCAGCUACAAACAGACAUGAUUCUGGAGGACGCCUUUCAUCAUCUACGCCGACCUACGGCAGCAGUACACUGGAUCAGCCGAUCACCAAGACUACGACAAGGUCACGAGGCAAUUCGUUCUACUACAUCGAGGACAGAAAGGUCCGACUAGACUUUCGCCAAGCAAGUGAACCUCGACUACAUCCUGGGAUGCUUCCUAAGCUUCACACUCUUGUUCUGACGGAUGUGCCGACCAUGACCAGCGAUAGGAAGAUUGUUCAUCGGAUUAUACAGUUUAUCAAGGAUGCAGCCGAGGAGGCUUCAAUCGCCAAGCAACGGGCCAGGCACACUUAUGUGCUACCGCCAGGACGUAGGCGUGCCAUAGCGGAAGAAGAGUACGCACGAGACCAAUUUGCCCUUCGGAGAGUAGUACUUGAAAUGGCGGCCCCACAGUCAGCGCCUAAGAAAAUCUCUACCAGUUGGCGGGCUUAUCCAACAAAGUCAACUACCGAAGAUGCGGACUCUGAAGCAUUUUGGGAGGCAGCAACGCAUGACUUCUCCUUCUUCGACGAUGAAGAGUGCGGACAGCCUGGUCGUGAGCCAGGCCGCACUCUGCCCUUGGCAGCUAUGAGCGGAUUGGAGCUUGCACCUAGCAAUCAUGUCUCACCAGUGGACACAAGUGAGAAUGUUCAUGAUACAAUUCCGCUCAUCGAUGUGGUGGGUGAGAUUGGCAAGUUUCGGCGAGAAAGGAAGGCCGCAUACAACAAUUCAGUGGAGAUGGGCAAGGCUGAACCCGAUGUAGAGGGGUACUGGCCUGGGGAUAUUACGGUUCUGAGGAAGCCGGUGAGUUCAGAAGCUGGGGAACUCGACUGUUACGGCAACCGGUAUGAAUUGGGUUGGUUCUACCGUUGA